AUGGCUAGCACUGAUGCUGAUAUGUCGAUGUAUCGCAGCCUUGUUGAGGUUGAUCACGAUGGUAACCCGUCAUGGUUAUCUGCAGGCGAUCGUACACUAGUUUCUCAAAUUAAAAAUGGUAUAGCCCAACCUAAUGCAAUAGUGGCCAUGGAUGGCAGUGGUCAAUAUAAAACGAUUACUGAUGGCAUUAACUCGUAUCCUAAUAAUCACCAAGGAAGAUACAUUAUCCAUGUCAAGGCUGGCAUCUACAAGGAGUAUGUAACUGUUGAUCAAAGCAAAAAAAAUAUUCUCUUGUAUGGUGAUGGUCCCAACCGUACCAUUAUCACUGGAAACAAGAGCUUCACCGAAGGAAUCCAAAUGCCACUAACUGCAACAUUCUCCACCUUUGCUGAAAAUUUCACUGCCAUAUCAAUUGUAUUUGAGAAUACAGCGGGUCCAAAAGGUGGUCAAGCAGUAGCACUUCGUGUUAAAGGUGACCUCUCAUCAUUCUACCAAUGUACAUUCCGUGGUUAUCAAGACACGUUGUACGUAGACCAGGGUCGUCAGUUUUACCGCAAUUGUGUGAUUUCUGGAACCAUCGACUUCAUAUGUGGUCACUCGACUACCUUAAUCCAGAAUUCUAUGAUUUUGGUGAGAAAGCCCGCUUCAGGCCAAUACAAUGUUGUGGUGGCAGAUGGCCCAUACCAAAACAACAAUUUACGUACUGGUAUAGUCAUUGAUCAUUGCUCCAUCCUUCCAGAUUAUGAUUUCGCACCUUAUACUUCAACGUCGAAGACUUAUUUGGCAAGACCAUGGAGGCCAUAUUCAACGGCAAUCUUUAUUAACAAUUUUAUCGGCAAUUUUAUUCAACCUGAUGGGUAUACGAUUUGGAGAGAAGUUCAACCAAACAAUGAAAAUGUUUAUUUUGCUGAGUUUGGCAACACUGGACCUGGUGCCAAUGCUAAAAAUAGGGUCUAUUGGGCAAAAGGUCUUAUUACAAGAGAUGAGGCUGCUAGAUUCACCGCUGAACCGUGGAUUCAAGCUAGUACUUGGUUACCUUCCGCUGGCAUUCCUUACAAUCCUGGCUUUGAGACACUAUCUUAA